CGACCCCUCCCGGGCGGGUCGGGUCCUCCGCUCGCGAUGGUGAAGGCGAAACCGCUGAACCUGGACGAGCCUCUCAACAACGAUGAAGCGCACGUCAUCAACGCGACGAUGGCGCUCGCGGGGAUCCAGGUGGACGGCGCGCCGGAGCACUUGGACGCGAAGCGCCGCGCGGUGCAGUUCAAAGACGCCAAGCACGUCGCGCUGUCCUUCUGCCGUCUGGACCGCAUCGCGCACCUCGCGCCGUUCGCGUCGCUCACGAAGCUUUGCCUGGACAACAACCGCAUCAGGGUGAUCGAGAACCUGUCGCACCUCACGCACUUGGAGCGGCUCGACCUGUCGUUCAACGAGAUUACGAAGAUCGAAAACCUGGACGCGCUGACGAAGCUGAACGACCUCUCGCUGUUCAACAACAAGAUCAGAACGAUCGAAGGGAUGGAUGCGUUCAGGAAGACGCUCUCGACGCUCUCGCUCGGGAACAACGAGCUCGACGAGCUGGAGCAGCUGUCCCCGCUGACCGCGUUCAAGGAUAUCAGGGUGCUCAACCUCGGCGGGAACGGCGCGUGUAAGGACCCGGAGUACCGCGCGUUCGUACUGUCGCACGUCAAAGGGUUGAAGUACCUAGAUCAUCGCGUGGUGAAAGAGGAGCACGCGGCGGCGGCUCGCGAGCAGUACCAAGACGAGAUGAUCGAACUCGAGGAGCGGGAAGAAACGGACGCGCAUAAGGCGUUACUAGAGAAAGAGGCUGCCGCGAGGGAGGCGACGUACGUCGAGGCGAACGUCAGCGGCAUCAGCGAGCUGUUCGAGCGGAUGAUGCGCGACGACCCGGAGUACGCCAAGCUGAAGGCGCGUCCUGGUUCUAGUUUCACACUGCUGCCGAUGUUUCGCGAGAAGUGGAUCGUGUUCGUGGAGGAGUUCAAGGACGCUAUGGCGCGGCAGUUAGAGAGGAAGAAGAAGGAGCACUCGGAAUGGAAAACGGUCGUGGACGGGGCGUUGGGCGAAGGCGACGAGCGCGCGAGAGUCGCCGUCGCCGCGUUGGAGGACGACCGGAAGCGCGCGUUUCAGACGUACGGGGUUAUGGUGGAGCUCGCGGAGGGGGAAGAGAUCGUCACCGCGCUCGAUACGCGGUCCGACGACCUGUGUCAGGAACUCAUGGACAUGGAGCUGCGGAACGUCGAGAUCGUCAAAGACCUCGUGUUUGAGUUUGACCGCGAGUACACCGAGAUCGUGAGCAAGAGCAAGACGAUCAUAACUGAAUUUUUCGAAAAGAUUCGCGAGCUCGAGGAGAACUACUUCGCCGGGCUGCAAGAGGAAGCGAUGCGCGUGUACGAGCGGUUCGGCAGCGGCGAGCUCGACGACGCGUGCUCCGAGGACACGAAGCUCCUCCUCGGGGAUAAGGACACGUUCAUGAAUUCGGUGCAGUCGCAUCACGAUUUUCACGCCUCCGCCAUCGACGCGUUGGAGGAUAAGCUCGCGAAGGAAGAGAGGCGACGGCUGGACGAGCUCAUCGACGGCAUCAGGGACUGGGAACGGGAUCGGAACCGCGUGCGCGUCGCGGAGAUCGUCGCGAUGAAGCGCAGGAACAAAGAGGCGCUGGACGUGGAGUACGAGAGCGAGCCGGAGAGCGAGAAGGAGCCGAAUUCAGACGACGAGGACGACGAGAGCGACGACGACGACGACGGCGACGGCGGAGACGAAUAAUAGAAAUAACGACCAAACGAUAUAACUAACACUAACGGCUCGUAGCGAUGAUGCGUUUCAUCAAUCCUUCAUUCAUUC